AUGGAGGCUCGUCUUCCAUCCGAUAAAUUGAACCGUCUAUUUGUUGAUUUAAAUUCGUGGCACACAAAAAAGUCAGCUACACUCCAAGAGCUCCAAUCACUAAUUGGCACAUUAAAUUUUGCAUGCAAAGUAAUUGCCCCGGGUCGAGCUUUUCUGCAACGUAUCAUAAAUCUAACACGGGGUGUCUCCAAACCACAUCAUCACAUUCGCUUGACGAAUGGUUUCCGCGAAGACGUAAAAAUGUGGCAACUUUUUCUUAAAGACUGGAAUGGGACAAGUUUAUUUCUCAACUCUUUCUGGGAAAAUUCUACAAACCUUUCUCUCUAUACGGAUGCCUCGGGGACCCUUGGUUUUGGGGGAAUUUUUCGCAACCAGUGGUUUCAGGGUAAAUGGUUGCCUCACCAAACACUUACCACAAAAAAUAUCAGCAUUGAUUGACAAGAGCUCUAUGCUAUUGUGGUAGCCUCCUACAUAUGGGCACCUUUAUGGGCUCAAAAACGAAUUGUGUUUUACUGCGAUAACCAGGCAGUGGUUUCCAUAAUCAAUUCCAAACGUUCAAAAAGCCCUCGUAUUAUGGACUUAGUGCGUCCUUUAACCUUACAAACACUGAAAUAUAACUUUUAUUUCAAAGCCUUACAUGUGCCUGGUCAUUAUAAUGACAUUGCUGAUUCUAUCUACCGUUUUCAGCAAACCAGAUUUCGGCGGCUAGCACCGCAUGCAGACCAUCAACCUCAACCUCUACCAGAGGAACUUUCUCGUCUCUAGACGCUGACUUACGUCGUUAUCAACUUGCUUCGUUAGCUAAAGGUACGAUUAAAACUUAUAGCAGUGGCGAAAAACAGUUCACGAAUUUCUACUAUCAAUUCAUUUACAUAAGUAUGUGCCUCUUCUGCCAACAACGGAAAACAUUCUGAUUUACUUUGCUGUUUUUCUCGCUAAGACGGUAAAUCCAGACACCAUCAAAGUCUAUCUCGCAGCAGUACGCCAUAUGCAUUUGGUUAACGGCUACGACCUUCAAAUCACCAAAUUUCAACGCCUACACUAUAUUUUGCGAGGUAUAAAGCGAGUAAAAGGAGUGUCUACAAGAACACGCCUACCAAUUACAUUAGACCAUUUGAAAUUGUUUCACCGCAUAUUACACUCACGGACAUCGCCAAAACAUGAUGAAACCAUGAUUUGGGCAGCGAUUUCCAUAGCAUUUUUCGGGUUUUUGCGGAUUGGUGAAAUGACUUGCUCCGGUCCUUAUAAUUCUUCAACAAAUCUUUGCCGAUCAGAUGUAAGUUUUCAUAACAAAAAACGUGGGGAUAACGAGGUUUUUCUGCAACUACGAAUUAAAGCGUCAAAAACUGAUCCGUUUCGAGCCUCAGCCACAAUAACCAUUGGCAGCAAUUCUGGUAUAUAUUGUCCAGUAAGGGCCCUUCAAACCUACCUUUCACGUGCGCCAACGGACUAUGCGGGACCAUUGUUUUGCUACUCAAACGGUGUUCCUUUAUCACGUAGUCGAUUUACUAAGGAACUACGAACACUUUUGGCCCAAGGUGGUCAUCACCCUGCUCACUAUGCAGGCCACAGCUUUAGAAUCGGAGCGGCUACCACAGCUGCGUCCCAAGGUUUGCCUCAUUGGCUUAUUCAAACGCUAGGAAGAUGGUCUUCCGAUUGUUACCUCAGGUAUAUUCGCACGCCAAUCAAUGUCCUUACAGACUUUUCAAAACGAUUGAUUGCAGAGUGAAAUAAACACUCGAUCGUUGUUUGUCGGUCUAUGGGGAUCACACACACUAUCGUUGUGUGAUUGUGGAGGCAAUUGCUCUAGUAUGAGGUCGCAAUUUUGCCAUAGACCUCACGUUUUCUUUACGGAAUUUGGCAACCUGGCAUACAGCCAAUUCCCAUUUACAAAAAUCACUCUAUUUCUGCAUAUGAGUAUAUGUGCUGAGCCAGAUCAGUGUUCUAAGAAAUAUUUCCCUGAUCAUUUUUUCCCAGGGCCCAGCUCAGAGUAUAUGUCUUGCAGGACAGGCUAGGAUCCAGCUCUAAAUGGAGUAUAUGUUCUAGCCGACUCAGGACCCAGCUCAAAAUCCGUAAAAGUAUAUGUCUUGGGCAGAUUAGGACCCAGCUGCAAAUCAGUAUAUGUCCUAAUCGACUUUCCCCAAGAUCCAGCUUUUCAAUACGAGUAUAUGCCCUGGGAACCGCUCAGCACCCAGCUCUUCGCAGAUAAAAAAUACAAUAUAUAGAGCAGUUGUCCCACACUUCCAUAACCCCACAAACCUUGUGUUCUUAUGCGUGUCGUUAUAUUAAAUAUCUCAAUAUAUAUAUAUUUAUUAAACGGUGAGGACAUUAACCGUAAUCUAUUGCAGUAAUUUGAUAGCCGUAUAAUUUCUCGAAUUAAUGAAUACGUGAAAACACAAGCUCUUCUGCACAUGGGAAUUUAGGAUAACUUCUAUUAGUGAAUGAACAAAUACACAACUCAAAGAAAAAUGUUUAAAUUAAGCAUUAUUUAAGGCUGUAUAAGAUAUAAAAUGGGCCAGCUUACUACAGAGCAACGAAUAUUUAAAAGGUUAACUUAUAGCUGAUGUUUUAAAAGCUCAUAAACCUAGACCUUGGUACCGGAUUUAUUUCUUUAUACAGGCAAGUUAACAAAACUUUUCGUUAAUUUUUGUGCUUUUAGCUGGUGUGGGAAACUUCAACAUUACUUGGUGUUGGAUAUGCUCGAACAAGUGAACGAUUUAAAGUUUAUGUUGUGGCAAGAUACAAGCAACAUGGCAAUGUGAUUGGACACUAUGAUCGAUAUGUAAAACGGCCAGCUUACAUACUGGAUACGUUUCAGGAUAACUGCUAUGGUAAGUAUCGCCAAAAUAAUUUAUUCAUAUAAAUAUUAAGAAAUAAGAAGGUCUAUUACACUGUAAUACAGGUUGUAAUAACCCAUACAUUCGUUGUAUCAGAUUCAAGAUGAAUUUGAGAGAACCAAUUUAUGGGCUGGUUUCAACUUUCCUUUUACAACUUUUUGAAUUAUCAAAAGCCCUUGGAUUUCCUACUCUGUUACGACGUUAAUGCUGUGUCGACGUUUCUUGAAGACAAUAUUGUCAAUAUUUGGACAGAAUUUUUUUCAAAAAAUAAUCUUACCUGACAAUCUUUUACAUACAGUUGAAACCGUUCAAGUUUGAAUCCAGCUAUUUCUGAAAUGUCUGAAUCCAGCUAUUUCUUCUUUUUCUCAGAAAUUUGAGUUAAGGCACAUUCUUACAGACCAAUAUUAGUUUAGAAUUUUUUUCAGGUCCUAUUUCAUGCAGGCUAUAUAGCUUUUAUUUGGCUGCCUUUUUAAAAAUCCUACUAAAAACUCGUCCCAAUUUCUAACCCCUAGGUAUAGAUGGUGGCCUCUCAGAUUGGAUGGGUCCAGGACCAUGCAUGCGCAGUUGUGGUGGUGGAGUUACAUUCUUAACAAAAUCUUGUACGAACCCAAAACCCUCGAUGAAUGGAAAAGAUUGUGAAGGAGAGACCAAGGAACUUGUACAAGAAUGGUGCAACACUCAUGUGAGUUUAAUAUAAUCCUGCAAACGUCGUGAAAGCGAUGCUUGACCCUAAGUCUAAUCUGUAAUGUGCGAUACUCGAUCGUCUUGGUCCAUUAAAGAAUUAGGACGCAUAUUUGCAAAUAAGUUUGAAGCACUUGUCAUCAUACGACUGGCUGUUGCUUAGUUUAUCUCGACAAGUGGAUGCCUUAAUGAACGAUUUAAUGCUAAUGCUGCAAUUUAUGCUACAUUAAGGUUAUUUAUUAAAGAAUCAGGACGUUCUAAUUAAGAUCUUGAAGAUUAUACAAAAUGAGUAAUUCAGCGAUUUGGUCUAAUUUGUCGUGUUGUGUGUGUUUUAUUGUAAUUCUCAAGUUUACGUGAGCCCCCAAAUUCAAUGAUCUCUAAGCUCUUGGGGCAAAAGUAAAGAUUUAAAUCUGGUUUAAAUACCCCCUCCCCAAAAUAAAAAAAAAAGUUUCAAACUGCAGAUGAGUUGCUAACUAUACUUGUACUUAAUCAACACUUCGUUCUUAGGGAUUGAUCAUAUGAGCCGGGAUGAACCGUUUCGCGUUUUUCCUUGACCAUGAAAGAUAGUUGAAAUGAACUUUACACUGUUCCUGGAAUCAAAUCACGCUAAUUCAACUGACAUUUCGAAUGUUUAUCAGAACCAUUAUAAGAGCUUCGUUUCACGAACGCCAGCCCGGCUCCAUAUGGACAGUCCCUUGGUAUAGGAAUGGGGAGGAUAUCAUGCAUAUGAUUUUGAAUUUAUGAUGAUACAAAAUUCGCAACCACAAAUGCUAAGUAAUAUAGGUCGGGCGUGAACUGUCUGUGCCAGUGUAGGUAACACGCUUCGUUGGUAGAGAUGCAACUACCUGAAAAAUAUAAGGAGAAUUUCGACGUUUCAAGCGAAAACUCUUCGUCCAGAGUCACUAAUACGGCUGCCUGUCGACAGUUUAACACAAUGGGCUUUGAAGAUUGGGGCUGGAUAGAAAAACGUUCAUAAGUAAACAAGAAAAAAAUUAAAUAUUCCUUUUAAACCGUGUAUUUCUAUAUAGGUAUGUUCAGGAGACUUGAGCCACCGUGAUUUACAAUGUGCAGCUCGUGGAGAAAGGGCUGAUGCUCACAAUUUCCAAGGAACAAGUAGGUUUUAUUUUCUACUUAAGAUAAUGGCUAAUCUUGAAAUUGUUCGAGCAAUCGAUGUCCGUUCUGCCUAAUUUAUUUGUGAGUGCAAAAUCUGACGCGGCAAACUCAACGGUUCAAUUUUGUCCCAGGAAUGACCAAUUUGAUUACUGUGAUAAAUUCUUGAAGCUCGUGCAAAACUUAGUUCGACUUCAACGCUCACAACAAGCUUUUGCGUUGUCUUUGGUUGUGUUGAGAAUGACAGUGCUAAUGAUAACCUUGGGACAACGCAUAUUGAUUCUUGUUGUUCUGCAUAAUCAAUUUCUAUAUUUCAAACCCGCGUGGUUAAGUCGCCGCGUCGCGCACUCUCGCUCUCUGUUGUUCCAAAUGUUGCAUUGUCAGAAUCUAUGAGUCGUACAUUGUUGAAGGGUUUGGGAAGCUGGAAAUUUUGAGUGCAAAUUCUUCUAUAUUCUCACCUAACUAAGGAAUAGCUGCGAAAAAUACAACUAUAGCCCCUUUGCCAGGAAUUGAACCUGAAAAAAUGAUCUUGAAAAGUAAAAUCCUGAAACGCACAUGUUACGUUCGUUUGUGUUUUGAAAGCCCUAUUAUUAAUUUUAUUAUUAUUAUUAUAUAUGCCCGAUAAUAUAAACAUGCACGUCAAGCAACCGAUUUAAAAUUUCUUGUUCGUUUUCAGGAGAUUGUCAGCUGCACUGUCGUAUUAGUGAUACUCACUUUCUGCUCGUUGGUCAUGUUGAUGAUGGUACCCAUUGUGAUUACGAUAGCGGUGCAUGUGUCAGCGGCACAUGCUACGACAUGCCGGACUACGUUGUUGGAACACAACCACCCAUGACGUCACCCGUAACAACAUCGGUAGUUAUCGGAAAUAGGACGACACAGCCCGGAGUUGCUACGACAAAAGCAGCUACGACAAAACCAGCGACGACAAAACCAACUUCUACGCAAAACUAA